AUGGGCAACUGCUGUGUUGCCCGGCCAUCUUUCAAGCGGCGUGGCGGUGGCUCUCCCAGGCAACGCGGCGGACGCCUAGGAGGCGCCAACCUCCGGUGCCUCUCCACGGUGUCCUCAGUCACUGACACGCCGCGUGCCACGGCCCAGCCGCCUGUAACCGUGCUUGGCAAGGGCCUGGCCGCGGCCGACAACACCGAGGAGCUCCUCCGGCGGUACCAGCUUGGCGAGGAGCUGGGGCGCGGCGAGUUUGGGGUGACGCGACGGUGCAUGGACGCGGCAAGGGGAGAGAAGCUCGCGUGCAAGUCGAUCAGCAAGCGGAAGCUCCGGAGCAGCGUCGACAUCGAGGACGUGCGGCGCGAGGUAGCCAUCAUGCGGUCGCUGCCCUCGCAUGUAAACGUCGUGCGGCUCCGUGAGGCGUUCGAGGACGGCGACUCCGUGCACCUGGUCAUGGAGGUGUGCGAGGGGGGCGAGCUCUUCGACCGCAUCGUCGUGCGCGGUCACUACACCGAGCGUGCUGCCGCCGCUGUCAUGCGCACUAUCAUGGAGGUCGUGCAGCAUUGCCACCAGAACGGUGUUAUGCACCGGGACCUUAAGCCUGAGAAUUUCUUGUACGCCAAUGCAUCUGAGAGCUCCCCUCUCAAGGUUAUCGACUUCGGACUCUCCGUGUGCUUCAAGCCAGGUGAAAGAUUCAGUGAGAUCGUCGGAUCUCCCUAUUACAUGGCGCCUGAAGUCCUGAAGAGAAACUAUGGACAGGAAAUCGACAUCUGGAGUGCAGGCGUCAUAUUGUAUAUCUUGCUAUGUGGUGUCCCUCCAUUCUGGGCCAAAACGGACGAAGGGAUUGCGCAGGCCAUCAUCCGAUCACGCGUCGACUUCGAGCGCGAGCCUUGGCCGAAGGUGUCAGACAACGCCAAGGAGCUUGUUAGCAGGAUGCUUGAAAACAACCCUUAUGCCAGAUUGACGGCUCAACAAGUUUUAGAGCAUCCAUGGAUACAGAAUUCCACCGCUGCUCCAAACAUUCCUCUUGGUGAAGCAGUAAGGUCAAGGCUAAAGCAAUUCACUGUCAUGAACAAGUUCAAGAAGAAGGCCUUGCUUGUGGUGGCGGAAUACUUGCCUGCUGAAGAGCUGGAGGCAAUCACGGAACUGUUCCACAUGCUGGACACUAACAAGGAUGGGCACCUGACAAUUGAGGAGCUCAGGAAAGGUCUACAAAUGAUAGGGAACAAUGUCCAUGAUACAGAUGUGGAUAUGCUCAUGGAAGCUGCAGACUUAGAUGGAAAUGGCACCUUGGACUGCAAGGAGUUUGUCACGGUCUCCAUUCACCUGAAGAAAAUCCGCAGCGAGGAACACCUCCCCAAGGUGUUCAACUACUUCGACAAGAACAUGAGCGGGUUCAUCGAGAUGGAAGAGCUCAAGGAAGCGCUAUCCCCAAGAGGCGACCAGAAGGCCAUCGAGGACAUCAUCUUCGACGUUGACAUUGACAAGGUUACUCGUGCGCUGCGGCGACGUACGGUGCGGCGGCAGAUGCGGGGACGGCGUGGUCGGAGCUCGCAAGGAAACAGGCCGGUGGUCCUGGAGCGGCGGAGUUGCGGAGUAGUGCGCUUGGCCACGACAACUUGCUGUGGAGGCGGGCCACGGUGGUUGGGCGGCGGGAUAUGGGCCGCAUACAACGGCGUGCGCACCGGAUCUGGCGUCCUUGGCGGCGCCGCCGCGCUUGAUCGGUUGUUCCCGGCGCCUCUUGCCUCCAUGGCCACGUUCUCCACUGGCCUGGCGGCAAACUGA